AUGAUGACUCGGUGGCAUACUUGCAAGUUUCUGCAAACAAAAGACGGUAACUUUCAAUCACCAGUCUCAUCAAACUAUGAGAAAAUGAAACGAAGAACCAGAGAACAAGCAGCGUUUGCUCCUAUCAGGUUGAGACCUCAAAAGAAGAAGACGAUCAACAAAAUUAGAAGGACUUACGAAAUGUGGGGAGGGUUAGGGUUUAAUGCGAGCUCGGUAGAGCCGAGAAGUCGAGGAUUUCGACUGUUUAGUGAGAGAAUCGUGGCCGUGAACGCGAACGAGAACGGAGAAGAGCCAAUGUCGGCGUCGACGGUGGAGUAUUACGUCGGCGCGUGA